AUGAUCAAAGGGCUGUGGCUUCUUUGCCUCAAUCAGCUCUUUGUUGUAUCACAGACCACCUGGAGCCUCGUCGACAACGGUGGGCCAUCUGCACGCUCAGUGCAUGCAGCAACAUCGGACACGCUCGGUUCAGAUGCUCUCAUUUGGGUGCAUGGCGGAAGUGGAGAUGCUCUCAUCAAGGAUCUGUGGACAUACAAUGUGCCCACAAGAUCUUGGACACUCAUUUCUCAAAGCAGUGUCUCGCCUUCAGAACGCAAAGACCAUGUGAUUGCAUGGGAUCCAAUUGAGGGUGCUCUUUGGAUUCACGGCGGCUCUGAUGGUAGUAAAUACCUCAUGGAUUUGUGGAAGCGAGAUUCGGGCAACAGUUCCUGGACUUUGCUCGCUAACAGUUCGGUAGACGGCCCCAGCGCACGCAGUGACCAUGUGGCUGUUUGGGACUCUGCUAGUUCUGCACUGUGGAUUCAUGGUGGAUAUGACGGUGUGACUCUGAGGCAAGACAUUUGGAAAUUUGAUUCUCAAGGGAGCAACUGGGAACGCAUUGUGGACAUUGAUCCGCCUUCUGCGAGAGCUUAUCACGUGGCUGUUUGGGAUGAAAGAAAGUCCGCUCUUUGGAUACAUGGCGGAUAUGAUGGAAGCUUUUGCAGAGAUGUGUGGACAUUCGACAGCAGUGGGCAGAAGUGGAAGCUUGUCUCUAUGGAUGGUCCCUCUGCCAGGGCGUACCAUGCAGCUGCGUGGGACCCCAUGAAUCUGGCGCUUUGGAUUCACGGUGGCUUUGAUGGUGUUGCUCGCCGAGACCUUUGGAGAUUCAGCACCUUGAGCCACACAUGGGACCUCAUGGCAAACGAAGGGCCUUCGCCACGCUACAAUCACGUGGCGGCGUGGGAUGUGACCAGCAGCUCCUUUUGGGUGCACGGCGGCUAUGAUGGGAGUACUUUAAGAGAUCUUUGGCAGUAUGAGUUCACCACAACAAGUACUACGGUCACAACAUCAAGCACUGUCACCUUUACCGUUGUCACAUCUUCCAGCACACUUACUACAACGUACACGGCCACAAGCACCACCUCACAGAGUAAAACAAGAACAUCCACCACUACCACCAGUAUCAGCGCCACCAGUUCUACUUCUGUUUCCAAGACGGCAACAUCGAGUGGCCUGUCAAAUUCAAAUACAAUUCUCAGCAGAACAACGACAAGCGUCACGAUGUCCAGCCCAACAUCAAGCACAAUGACCAUGUCCAGCUUCACGAUCUCACCGCUCAACCAAACUACCUCAUCCUUCACUUCUUCCAGAUCUACCUACAGUACGACAAGAAGUCGUCUAAGCUCAACGACCACGUCUACAACUCAGCUUUCCGAGGAAUUUGUGGCUGCAGAGUUUCCUUUUGGUCCAGUUUUUGGAUUUGUAUUCAUAGGAGCCCUCCUUCUCAGCUCCUGCUUCAUACUCAAGUACUGCAACUUCAAGCCAAAGACCAUCGUCACGCAGCUGCCUCCAACCCCAACAGAUGUGCCAUGUGCCCCCCGGGCUCCUCCACCAAAUCUUCCAGCUGUCCCUCCGCAGUACCUGCCCGAACCACCACCAUACCCGUUCGGCUCGAUCGGGGUCCCACCAACGGCAUGCACAAGUCCUUCUCGCAAUGCACCCCAAGUUUAUAUGGACGGCGAUCAAUUGCCAGUGGGCAGCGUGGGAAGCAUGGGAUCCGGUGUUGGCUUCCAGAUUGAAUGUGCUAAUCGGUGGCGCCGCAUGGGCAAAUGA